GAUUAUUCUAAAAAAAGAGAGAAAGAGAGUUUGAAAGAAGAUUCAGAUUAUUUCCAAUCAUAUAUCGUGCUCAUCGAAAAAUAUUAUUUGUAAACUCUCAAAAUUUCUGAUAAAUAUAUUGAACAUUUCCCGCUAAUAAUGAGAUAAAGUGCUCGAGAUAAGAGCCUGCUGGGUGAAAGAAGUGUCUUCUUCCGGAAAUAAGAAAAUAUCUAGAACCUAUCUAGGACCUAUCUAGAAUAGAUAAUGAAACUUGACAGACAGUUUACGGUGUUUUAGUGCGGGUGAUGUGUCAACGAAUCUUUUCCGAAUUCUAACGUUUCGGUCCUUGAUUGACUCAAAAAUAAGUUACGCGAGUAAUUGAUAUAAAAUCAUCAGCUGAUCGUAAUUGAUUGAAAUAUUUCGCGGAUGUUGGUUUCGACAAAAAUCGCGAUCAAAGUUUCAAGCAACAUGGAACAAACUGAUUACAAAUCGCCGAGUGUCUUCGCGUACAACAAUUGAUGUAAUCGAGGCACGUAUAAAUCUUUGUCUACGAAAGAAGAAAUUAAUUAGCGAAGCGCACAGGAAGGAAGAAGACAGUGAAAAGUGACGCGGUUUCGUACUCUAUUAAAUUAUUUACGCAGUGCCGAAAAGAGAAGACUGUAUAAAAUUACAUGUUUGUCCUGCCACCAACACAUUUUCGGGCCAAAUAAAUUUCUAUAAGAGAAUGUCAAGCGCUGACUGAUAACACCAGAUGCCGCGGUGGUAGCUCUCGGUGGGAGAGGAUGUUCCACGGGGGCGGAAGUAGCGGGUACGGCGCAAGUUCCGAUUACCAACAGUCUCAGCAGCAACAGCAGCAACAGCACGGCCAACAACUCCAGGCGCCCGUCUACGUCCCUUCGUCGAGGCCGGCGAUCCCGUCCACGGCGGCGCAAUAUCACUCCUUCCCCACUUCGCCCUCGCCUGCAUGGGAGAAGACGGCGUCCUGGCAGCACGGGGUGGAAACAUACGCGGCGCAUCACGCGCUCGCCGGCCACGCGAGCGGCACCGCGGCGGCGAUGGGUCCGCACGCUGGCCCGGGUCAUCCGCACGCGGGGCACCCGCACGCGGCUCAUCCACACUCGACCCUCGCCGCGGCCGCGCCCUUUUACGCGCAGAACGUCGCGAUGAUGUCCUCGUGGCGCGCCUACGACGGCGCCGGUUUCCAGCGCGCCUCGCCUUAUGACACCGCGAUGGACUUUCAAUUCGGCGAGGGUCGCGAAUGCGUGAAUUGCGGGGCGAUAUCGACGCCGCUCUGGCGAAGGGACGGAACUGGCCAUUAUCUCUGCAACGCAUGCGGACUUUAUCACAAGAUGAAUGGCAUGAACAGGCCGCUCAUCAAACCCUCGAAACGCCUGAUGUCGGAAUUUCAGACGGCGACGAGGCGACUCGGGCUGUGCUGCACCAACUGCGGCACCCGCACUACCACGUUGUGGAGGCGCAACAACGACGGCGAGCCGGUGUGCAACGCCUGCGGGUUAUACUUCAAAUUGCACGGGGUCAAUAGGCCGCUGGCGAUGCGAAAGGACGGUAUACAGACGAGGAAGAGGAAGCCGAAAAAGACCCCAGAGCCGAACGCCAGAUCGUCUGCGGGGGAUCACGAAACCACCACCUCGACGACAUCAUCUCCUUCUACAGACUUAAAGAGCAAUCAGCAACAGCAACAGCAACAGCAGCAGCAGCAACAUCAAAUCGAAGCGUCAAAAUCGUCGGGCUCGUCGAUAUCGACCGACAGACCUGUUUAUCUUGGUCAUACUUCUCUUCUCGCCACCGGAAAUGUACCUGCUGUGAAAACGGAACCGCGAAGCUGCGACGGCGUCGUUGGCCAACCAUAUUCAUCUUACUAUCAGCAUCCGCAUCAACUCGCGACCACGAGCGAACAUCAGCAGCAGAGCUAUUACGCCACCCAGGAGACGUCCUAUCAUCAUCAGCAUCACGUCACUACUGCAGCGAAAUUACUCGCGUCCUCGUAAUUGUUUAGCGAUCAAAGUCCACUCGCUAUAUAGCUUUGCCUCCGAUGGCAAAUAAAUUGGAACGACGAAGAGGAAACUUCCUCGCGGAUUAGGUAUUCGCUAAGAAGCUUACGAAGUUUGAGGUAGUGAAUCUAAGAAUGAAGAUUGAUUAGAAUGAUCUGACUAAUCUAUUGAGAAAGAGAGUGACAAAGUUAACGAUUGAAACGGAAGGAUUCUUCUACGAUACACAGGACACUAGUCAGUGACGCGCAAAUUGUCUUAAAAUUAAAAAAGUGAUAAAAUUUGAAACAUGAUGUGAACAUGGGAGGAGAAUAUAUUAGUUCUCGAAAAAGUAUACAUCUCUAUAAAAUUUUUCGAGAAAGUGAUUACAUCAUGCGCAAAAAUCUACGUAGACACUAAUGCCGAGGAUUCGAGGAGAGAUGAAAUAUCAUCGAUGAUGUGUCUUAAAGAUUUCGAUUCUAAGCGUGUUAACAGACACGAUCAGUCCUAAUGAGGAGGAGAAUUGGAUCUCUAGUCAAUGACAGGGAUUAUAAAAAAAAUUAUUUGAGAAACGACGCAUUUUAAAAAUCACUCCACGCUAAUUUAACUAUAAUAACUGCUAGUACGAGACGCAGCACAUUUCCAUAUUUAACUAUGCGCUUUUUGCGUUCAUUCAUAAUACCCGAUACACGUGUAAAUAUAGCCGAGUUAUAAUAAAAUAAUAUAAUUAGUGCGAGAGAGUGCUUCCUGACAAAGGCGCAAAGAUAUACUUAUAAGAAAAACGACAGAUUAUCGGCAAAUGCUCAUGUGCAAUGUGAAUAGAGAUAUGAUAUUUCUGCAUUUAAAGAAUGAGACAUCGUGUGUUUCUCGUAUACGAUUAUUUUUUUCAGUUUUCUAAUCAAACAAUAGUAUAUUUCGAUUUAUAUUAACGAUUAUAAAUGAAAAAGAUGCUUCCAUUGUUUAAAUGUUGAAAUAAUUUUUUUUUACUUACGC